GCAGGGGGCGCGCCGGGGCAGGGGAGAGGCUGCAGGGAUUUUGUAAAAAAAAAAAAAAAAAAAAAAAAAAAAAGGCGUUGUGGCCACAGAUGUGUAGAGAGGCGGGGCUGAGGCGCACAAAACACGGACAGGAACAGACAGCGUCGAUCGACCAACUGAGCCCUGAAGCCGCGCUGGAAGGAAGCACACAGAGAGGCUCCAUCAGCUGGUGCUAAAAGGACAGCCUGACACCCGGACAGCUAAAUCCCGUCGGCAGACCUCUAGCUGCUGCUCCUGUCGGCCAGCAUCUGGUGUGAGGACGCCUCGCCUCUCCUGUGAAGAGCUCUGACAGUCAGAGGUCCUGCGUUUAUGCCUCAAGCAUCCGGCUGCGCGUGAACCAGCACCCUCCUCUCAUCAAUACUCAAUAGCGCUCUAAUGGCAACUUGCCAUUCCUUCUAAUUUAUGAUUUAAGCUCUCGCAGCGCUUCGGUCACAUUUGCAUAAGUGCUGCCAGAGUGCUUUUAAUAAGGAGCCGCUGAUACAAAAGGUCAUAUCUGCCUGCUGAAUAAUUGCUGCUUAUCAUCAUCCGAUUGUACUUUUUAAAUAACCGCCAUCAGAGGAGUAGUAGUCGGCCGUCAGGAUGGUGGAGGCCCCCAUUUAUGCCACCGGCAUGGCCGCCAAGCUGCGGAGUCAGUGGGACCGCGACGAAGGCCUCGGGCAGAACGACAACGCGGUGAAGUUUCUGGGUCAGAACUACGAGGCUCUCAGAGCGCAGUGCCUGCAGAGCGGGAAGCUUUUCGAGGACAGCAUGUUCCCUUGCGCCACGUCCUCCCUGGGAUUCAACGAGCUCGGCCCCAGGUCCGCCAAGACCAGCGGAGUCCGCUGGAUGAGGCCCACGGAGUUGUGCAGAAGGCCGGAGUUCAUCGUAGGCGGAGCGACUCGCACAGACAUCUGUCAGGGAGCUCUGGGGGACUGCUGGCUGCUGGCGGCCAUCGCCUCACUGACCCUAAACGAUACCCUCCUGCACAGAGUGGUUCCUCACGGACAGAGCUUCCAACAGGGAUAUGCCGGCAUCUUUCACUUUCAGUUCUGGCAGUUUGGAGAGUGGGUGGAGGUGGUGAUUGAUGACCGUCUGCCAGUGAAGGAUGGGAAGUUGCUGUUUGUCCACUCUGCAGAGGGAACCGAGUUCUGGAGUGCUCUGCUGGAAAAGGCCUAUGCCAAAUUGAACGGCUGCUACGAGGCCCUGUCGGGCGGGAGCACGUCGGAGGGCUUUGAAGACUUCACCGGCGGUGUGACGGAGAUGUUUGAGCUGAAAACGGCCCCCUCAGACCUCUACAGCAUCAUCAGCAGAGCCGUGGAGAGGGGAUCCCUGCUUGGCUGCUCCAUUGACAUCACCAGUUCGUCAGACAUGGAGGCCGUCACGUUCAAGAAGCUGGUGAAGGGCCACGCCUACUCUGUGACCGGUGUGGACGAGGUUAUGUACAGAGGAAAUCCUACCAAGCUGGUUCGCAUCAGGAACCCCUGGGGGGAGGUGGAAUGGACCGGGUCCUGGAGUGAUAACUCCAGAGAGUGGGACCAAGUGGAUUCCUCUGUCAGAGGCCGGCUUCAGAACCGCAGUGAGGACGGAGAGUUCUGGAUGUCCUUCAGCGACUUCCUGCGAGAGUUCACCCGCCUGGAGAUCUGCAACCUGACGGCGGACGCGCUGCAGCACAGCCAGAUGAAGAAGUGGAACACGUCGCUCUUCGGGGGGGAGUGGAGGAGAGGCAGCACGGCUGGAGGCUGCAGGAACUACCCAGCGACGUUUUGGCUGAAUCCUCAGUUUAAGAUCAUGCUGAAGCACCCCGACGCCCCCGGCCAAUCGGACUGCAGCUUUCUGGUCGCCCUCAUGCAAAAGGACCGCAGGAAGAAGAGACGAGAGGGCAAGGACAUGGAGACCAUCGGGUUUGCUCUGUAUGAGGUUCCGAAUGAGUUCGUGGGUAAGUCUGGGGUCCACCUGAAGCGGGACUUCUUCCUCACUCACGCCUCCAGCGCUCGCUCGGAGCAGUUCAUCAACCUGAGGGAGGUGAGCUCGCGCAUGCGGUUGCCGGUCGGGGAGUACAUCGUCGUCCCCUCUACCUUUGAGCCAAACAAAGAGGGCGACUUCGUCCUGAGGGUCUUCUCUGAGAAGCCUGCCGGCUCCGAGGAGCUUGAUGAUAAAGUUGUUGCAGACCUUCCUGAAGAGGUUAAACUUGAUGAGAGCCAGAUCGACGCGAGCUUCAAGAACCUCUUCAGGCAGCUGGCAGGCGCUGACAUGGAGAUCAGCCUGAAUGAGCUUCAGACCAUCCUGAACAGGAUCGUGGGCAAACACAAGGAUCUGAAGACAGACGGCUUUUCUAAAGAAGCUUGUCGCAGCAUGAUAAACCUCAUGGACGCGGACGGGAGCGGGAAGCUUGGGUUGACGGAGUUCCACGUUCUCUGGGAAAAGAUUAAACGAUACCUGACUAUAUUCAGACAGUUUGAUUUGGACAAAUCCGGCACCAUGAGCUCCUACGAGAUGCGGAUGGCCCUUGAAUCAGCAGGUUUCAAGCUGAAUAACCACCUGUUCCAGCUGAUCAUCCUGCGCUACACCGAGGAAGACAUGGCCGUUGACUUUGACAACUUCGUCACUUGUUUAGUCCGACUGGAGACGAUGUUCAAAACAUUUAAAAACAUGGAUACGGAUGGAGACGGUCAAAUAUCCCUUAACUUCUUUCAGUGGAUUACUCUGACCAUGUUUGCCUAGAAGUGAGGGGACUCCGUGCACCACGUCCCGCUGCAGCUCCAGGCCCAGUAUUAUCAGUUUUUUUUUUUUUGUUUUGUUUUUUUUACCGAGUGCCUUCACUGUUCCUGUUCCUCCUAUCCUCCAGGGGGCUCACUGCUGAGGCCCUGUGACGCUAACACGGACAGACUAGUCAUUCCAGUGCCUGUAUCGGAAAUAUGCCACUUUUUUAAAAUUUUCAUUGCUUGUUUAGCCAAAUGAACGGAGCUCACUUGUUAUAGCUUUGCUCACUGUGGGUGCUAUUUUCUUCCCCUGAACUAAUUCAGAUCAAGUAUAUGUGCAUGAAUCCAAUUAUGGGUUGGGUCUAAGAGGGUGGACACAAGGUUUUUACUUUUUUAUAGCACUUUUUUGAGUUCAGAGAGGUUUUCAUUUUUACCACCGUGCUUAAAAAAACGGCGGGUUUAAAAGGAUCAGGCCGUUUUUUUCUUCACCAAAACUAGAAUUCUUCAAUCAUUUACUUUAGUUUAUAUUUCUAUUAGCCUUUAUAAUUUGAGUUUGAAAGGGCCACCCGUGCAAUCUUUUUUUUUUUUUUUUUUUUUUUUUAGAAAUGAAAUCAAUUACAACACCUAUUUGGCAC